AUGCUUUUGCUUGAUUAUCAGAACGUUCUCAUUCAGAACCUCCUGACGGAGCGGUUCUCCGGAGGUGCGCCGGUUUCAAUUGACCAAGUUGUCUCUGACUUUGACGGAGUGACGUUCCACCUGUCGACGCCAGAAUCGAAGACCAAGAUCCUUAUCUCCAUCCACGUGAAAUGCUUCAAAGAGCUGGUUCAAUACGGUGCCCAGGAGGUACUGCAAAGAGAAUAUGGUCCUUACAUCGUCACACCAGAGCCUGGCUAUGACUUCUCGGUACAGAUUGACUUGGAGAACCUGCCCGCAGAGCAGGAAGCUCGGGACGAGCUUAUCAUGCGGCUUGCGUUGCUGAAGCGUAACGCCAUGGCUGCUCCGUUUGAAAGGGCAUUCGACGAAUUCGCGAAGUUGUCAGAGGAGGCAUCCAGGUACACGUCGGAGUCCGCACCCCAGGGAGUCAAGGAAGGUGGGGAGUUGAUGGCAAUUCAUUACCGGGAAGAGGAAGCGAUCUACAUCAAGGCCAGUCAUGACCGGGUCACAGUGAUCUUUAGCACUGUUUUCCGCGAAGAGACGGAUCGUAUCUUUGGCAAGGUCUUCUUACAGGAGUUUGUCGACGCGAGAAGACGAGUGGUGACGUUGCAAAAUGCGCCCCAAGUGCUCUUCCGCAGCGACCCUCCGCUGGAGCUUCAGGGGGUCCCCGGUCUGCAGACAGCUGGGGACGGUAAAAUGAGUUAUGUCACUUUCGUCCUUUUCCCUCGACACCUGACUCCUCAACGACGCUACGAAAAUAUCUCUCACAUCCAAACCUUCCGUGACUAUUUCCAUUACCACAUCAAGGCGUCCAAGGCAUAUAUCCACACUAGAAUGCGUAAGAGGACAGCAGACUUCCUCCAAGUCCUCAACAGAGCUCGACCUGAAAACGAGGAGCGGGAGCGAAAGACGGCCAGCGGUCGUACGUUCAGGGUUCAUGGAUAG